AUGUCGACGGGGGAAAGUUUUGAGUCUCGGUUUGAAAAAAUCGACGUGAUUUUAAAGGACCCCAAAUCCGAAGUGAACGUGGACUGUUUGCUGGAUGGAUUAGAUGCUUUGGUAUAUGACUUGGAUUUUCCUGCCUUAAGAAAAAACAAAAACAUUGAUAACUUCUUAAACAGGUAUAAAGACACGGUAAAUAAAAUGAGAGAUCUGCGCAUGAAAGCUGAAGAUUAUGAAGUGGUGAAGGUGAUCGGUAGAGGGGCAUUUGGGGAGGUUCAGUUGGUAAGGCAUAAAUCCUCAAGGAGAGUGUAUGCUAUGAAGCUUCUGAGCAAAUUUGAGAUGAUAAAAAGAUCGGAUUCUGCGUUCUUCUGGGAAGAAAGGGAUAUUAUGGCUUUUGCGAAUAGUCCCUGGGUUGUUCAGUUAUUUUACGCAUUCCAAGAUGAUCGUUACCUUUACAUGGUGAUGGAAUACAUGCCUGGUGGGGACCUUGUGAAUUUAAUGAGCAACUAUGAUGUUCCAGAGAAAUGGGCAAGAUUUUAUACUGCUGAAGUUGUACUUGCAUUAGAUGCAAUUCACUCAAUGGGUUUUAUACACAGAGAUGUGAAGCCUGAUAAUAUGCUGCUAGAUAAAGCUGGUCAUUUAAAGCUAGCAGAUUUUGGUACUUGUAUGAAGAUGAACAAGGAAGGUAUGGUACGAUGUGAUACAGCUGUGGGAACACCAGACUAUAUCUCUCCUGAAGUAUUGAAGUCCCAGGGUGGAGAUGGAUACUAUGGGCGAGAAUGCGACUGGUGGUCAGUUGGAGUCUUUUUGUAUGAGAUGCUUGUAGGUGAUACACCUUUUUAUGCAGAUUCUUUGGUUGGAACAUAUAGUAAGAUUAUGAACCAUAAGAACUCCCUUACUUUCCCUGAUGACAAUGAGAUUUCUAAAGAGGCAAAAAACCUUAUUUGUGCCUUUUUAACUGAUAGGGAAGUGAGGCUAGGACGAAAUGGCGUAGAAGAAAUUAAACGGCACCUUUUCUUCAAAAAUGAUCAAUGGGCUUGGGAAACUCUCAGAGACACUGUAGCACCAGUUGUGCCUGACUUAAGUAGUGACAUUGACACUAGUAAUUUCGAUGAUCUGGAAGAAGACAAAGGAGAGGAAGAAACGUUUCCCAUACCAAAAGCAUUUGUGGGCAACCAACUUCCUUUUGUAGGAUUUACGUACUACAGCAACCGGCGGUAUUUAGCUGUCUCUGCAGAAAAUUCCAAUGAUAACAGAACAGGCUCCAGUGUGGAUAAAAGUGUGCUGGAAAAUAUGCAGAAGAUGAUCUAUGAGUUGGAAGAACAACUACAUAAUGAAAUGCAGUUGAAAGAUGAAAUGGAGCAAAAGUGCAGAUCUUCAAACAUAAAGCUAGACAAGAUAAUGAAAGAGCUGGAUGAAGAGGGGAAUCAAAGAAAGAACUUGGAGUCAACAGUGUCUCAGAUUGAGAAGGAAAAGAUGGUUUUGCAACAUAAGAUAAAUGACUACCAAAGAAAAAUUGAACAAGAGAAUGAAAAAAGACGGAAUGUGGAAAAUGAAGUGUCCACACUAAAAGAUCAGAUGGAAGACUUGAAAAAAAUCAGCCAGCAUUCGCAAAUGACAAAUGAGAAGAUAACACAAUUACAAAAGCAACUAGAGGAAGCAAAUGAUUUGCUGAGGACGGAAUCGGAUACAGCGGCAAGACUCAGAAAGGGUAACACAGAAAUGAGCAAGUCAUUAAGUCAGGUCGAAUCACUGAACAGAGAACUGCAGGAAAGGUGCAGAGUUCUAGAAAGCACAAAACUGCAGGUGGAGAAGGAUUAUUACCAACUGCAAGCAGCUUUGGAGGCGGAACGAAGGGACCGAAGUCACGGAUCUGAAAUGAUUGGAGAACUACAGGUUCGGAUUACAACUUUACAAGAAGAAGUGAAAAACAUUAAAAACAAUCUUGAAAGAGUAGAAGCAGAAAGAAAACAAGCACAGGAUAUGCUUAAUCAUUCAGAAAAGGAAAAGAAUAAUUUAGAGAUAGAUUUGAACUACAAACUGAAAUCAUUACAAGACCGGUUAGAACAGGAAGUCAAUGAACACAAAGUCACUAAAGCUCGGUUAACUGACAAACAUCAGUCAAUAGAGGAGGCAAGAUCAGUUGCAAUGUGUGAAAUGGAAAAAAAAGUAAAGGAAGAAAGGGCAGCAAGAGAAAAAGCAGAAAAUCGAAUAGUUCAAGCUGAAAAACAGUGUUCCAUGCUGGACUUUGACCUGAAGCAAUCUCAGCAGAAACUGGAACACCUUCUUGAGCAAAAGGAGAGACUGGAAGAUGAAGUAAAGAAUCUAACACUUCAGCUAGAGCAAGAGACGAAUAAACGAAUAAUGGCACAGAAGGAAUUGAAGGCGCAAGCUUUUGAAGCAGAUAACUUGAAGGGUUCCGAGAAGCAGCUGAAACAGGAAAUCAAUACGUUGUUGGAAGCAAAGAGAUUACUGGAAUUCGAGUUGGCUCAACUUGCUAAACAGUACAGAGGAAAUGAAGGUCAAAUGCGUGAGCUUCAGGAUCAACUUGAAGCUGAGCAGUAUUUUUCGACACUUUACAAAACUCAGGUGAAGGAACUGAAAGAGGAAAUUGAUGAUAAGAAUAAAGAAACUCAAAGAAAAAUGCAGGAGUUGCAAAACGAAAAAGAAACGCUCACUACCCAGUUGGAUUUAGCUGAAACCAAAGCUGAGUCAGAACGGCUGGCACGAGCACUCCUUGAAGAGCAGUAUUUUGAACUGAAUCAGGAAAGCAAAAAAGCAGCAUCAAGAUAUAGGCAAGAAAUGACUGAUAAGGACAGCAUCAUACGAAGGCUGGAAGAAACUAAUAAUACAUUAACCAAAGAUGUUGACUUAAUAACAAAGGAAAAUUCAGAUAUCAGUGAAAAAAUGAAGAAACAGGAGGAAG